AUGGGGAAGUCUCUCAGCAAGUUAGGGCUCCGCCAGUCGGUGGGCCGAUUCUGGCAAUACUUCUUUUUCCGCCCGCGUGAGUCAACUUCUCCCCACCAAAUUCAAGAAACAUCCCCCUCACACUCCGAAGGCUCAGACAAGAUGACGAAUUCAGACCCAGCGCCCGUCGCGCAAGCCCCAGCUGCCAAAGCCCAGGAGUCUCAGCCCACGGAAGCCCAAACCCUUCCCAUUCGGGAGUCGAACCCAAAACCCACCAAAAAUGAUGCGCCCGCGUCCGCGUCCGCCGAAGGCUCCACAGAAAAGCCCCUCACACCUGCUGAAUUGAAGAAGAAGGCUAAAGCCGAGAAGGCUGCUCGACGUGCCCGCGAAAAGUUAGAGAAGGAAGGGGGUGCCCCCGGUGGUGCCGCUCCUGGUCCUGGAGCAGGCCAGGCUCGGCCGCCAAUUACACCGAAGAAGGACACUGCUGCCGCUGCGCAGAAAGGACAGAAGACACCGACAGCGCGACGUGGCUCAAUUGCUACUACGCAGUCUGGGUCUGCGCUCGUCGAACAGCAGAAGAAGAAGAAAGACGAUAAGAAGGUUGCUGUGUUCGGCCACUUGUAUGGUCAGCAACGCCGCACUACCAUCGCUGGUGGAGGAAAAGAAGUGCACCCUGCUGUACUGGCGUUAGGCUUGCAGCUAAGAGACUACGUCGUCUGCGGUAGCAGUGCGCGCUGUGUGUCGACUAUGAUUGCCUUCAAGCGGGUCAUUGAAACCUACACAACCCCCAUGGGAACAUCCCUCCCUCGUCAUUUGACCAACCAUCUCUCGCAUCAAAUUACCUACCUCUCGACCUGCCGUCCUCUCUCCAUCAGUCAGGGCAAUGCCAUCCGAGCUCUGAAACUCGCCAUUGCCUCCACCGAUCCCUCAACCCCCGAGUCAACAGCAAAGACCUCCCUCUGCGAAUUCAUUGACAGUUUCAUCCGCGAAAAAAUUACCGUCGCUGAUCAAGUGAUCGCCGAAAGCGCCGCACAGAAAAUUCAGGACGGCGACGUAAUUGUCACCUUCGCUGGAAGCAGCAUUGUCAAGGAAACUCUCAUCUCAGCACACAACCAAGGAAAGCGUUUCCGCGUCUCAAUUAUCGAUUCUCGUCCCCUCUUCGAAGGCAAGAGCCUCGCCCGAGCUCUUGUCAAUGCAGGCCUCGAAGUCCAAUACUCUCUUGUCCAUGCCACAACCCACGCCAUCAAGGAUGCCACCAAGGUCUUCCUAGGUGCCCAUGCAAUGACCUCCAACGGAGGCUUGUACUCCCGCGUCGGCACAGCUCUCGUAGCAAUGUCCGCCAAGGAACGCGCCGGCGGCGUCGAAAUCCCCGUCAUCGUCUGCUGCGAGACAGUCAAGUUUACCGACCGCGUUGCUCUCGACAGCAUUGUCGUCAACGAGAUUGCUGAUGCUGAUGAACUAGUCAUCAACCCCAGCCCUGAUCAGAUCACUGGCAUCCCCGAGACCGAGGACGCGCCUGUGGUCGAUACCAAAAAGGGCAAGCCUAACACUCCUAGUAAUGAGCCACCUGCUUGGUCCAAUGGAAUUUCCAAGUCUCCAUUGACUAACUGGAAGACUACUCCCAACUUGCAGCUGCUUAAUAUCAUGUAUGAUGUUACGCCUGCGGAGUAUGUGGAUAUGGUCAUUACUGAGAUGGGUAGUCUGCCACCUAGUGCUGUGCCCAUUGUGCACCGCAUGGUUACGAAUCUCUGA